AUAAUCUUGAGGUACUUAAUCGAAUUGAUAAGCUAUUUUGACCAUAAUCAGUAAAACAUAACACACACCCGUCAAAACUAUGUCGAAACCCGAGGAGUUCACGUUCCGGCGUGCCCAAGCUGAAGAUAUUAAAGAUGUGCUCUCCAUGAUUCAGGAACUGGCAGACUUUGAGAAAAUGAGCAAUGGUCCACAGCUAACAGAGGAGGAUCUUAAAAGGGAUGCUGGGCUAACUGGAGGCCAAGAAUACUGUGAGGUCUAUGUGCUAAUCGACAAUGCAACAAACCAGGCGAUUGGUUACUCGAUUUGCUACAAGGCGUACUCCACUUGGCAGGGUCGCUACUUUUUUGUCGAGGACAUAUACGUUUGUCCAGAGCAUCGAAAGCGUGGCGCUGGCAAGCGAAUCUUCCUGGAGGUUUCAGCACGCGCAGUGCAACUCCAAUGUCCGCGUCUGGAGUUCAAUGUCCUGGAAUGGAACCCAGCCCGAAAGUUUUACGAAAGCCUCGGGGCUAUAGAUUUGACAGCCAAGGAGGGCUGGCAUUACUACCGCGUUGAGGAAAAACAGCUGAUCAAACUGGCCAGAGAACUCGCUGCAAACUAGUUUUAUCCGUUUUCAGUGAUUACUACUUUGUAAUUCAGUUUUUACUACUUUAUAGUAGAGAUAUAAAUAAUUAAUAAUACUUGACCAUAGGCCAUACAUGUUACGAGUACAUUGCAAUUACUUUA